AUGUCUCUCAAGGCAUUCGACGACGAGUCUCUGAAUGAAAACGUGAAGAAUCGUCAGUAUGCAGUGAGAGGCGAGCUCUACUUCCGUGCUUCUGAGCUUCAGAAAGAAGGCAAAAAGAUCAUUCUCACAAAUGUUGGAAACCCUCAUGCUUUAGGUCAAAAGCCUCUCACAUUCCCUCGCCAGAUUCUGGUUCCAGUACCACAGUAUCCACUCUACUCAGCUACAAUAUCUCUGUUAGGUGGCACUCUUGUUCCUUACUAUCUUGAAGAGACUGAAAACUGGGGACUUGAUGUUCACAACCUUCGCCAAUCCCUUGCUCAGGCUCGCUCUCAAGGAAUCACAGUGAGUUAUGUAAAUUCUUCAACUCUUCCUCUCAUUGCAAGAGGCUUCUAUAAGACACAUGGUUUAAUGGCAGGCUCUACUGUGAUGAGAGAUUGGCUCUUCUUGGAGACGAAGUGUAUCAGCAGAACAUAUACCAAGAUAAGCAUCCUUUUAUCAGUUCCAAGAUGGGUUUUGAUGGAUAUGGGAGCACCAAUCAGCAAAGAAUCCCAGCUUGUAUCUUUCCACACCGUUUCUAAAGGAUGUUGGGGUGAAUGUGGACAACGAGGUGGUUACUUUGAGAUGACUAAUAUCCCUCCAAGAGUUUUCUUGGUAAUGCAGACUGUUGAGGAGAUAUACAAGAUUUCAUCUAUAGCUCUUAGUCCCAACGUCCCUGCGCAGAUAUUUGUAAGGGAUAUGGGAGCACCAAUCAGCAAAGAAUCCCAGCUUGUAUCUUUCCACACCGUUUCUAAAGGAUGUUGGGGUGAAUGUGGACAACGAGGUGGUUACUUUGAGAUGACUAAUAUCCCUCCAAGAGUUUUCUUGGUAAUGCAGACUGUUGAGGAGAUAUACAAGAUUUCAUCUAUAGCUCUUAGUCCCAACGUCCCUGCGCAGAUAUUUGUAAGCAAGGGGAUAUUAGAGUCACUGAGAAGAAGAGCAAAGAUCAUGAUUGAUGGAUUCAACAGCUGGAAGAACGCUGCGUGUAACUUCACGGAAGGUGCAAUGUACUCUUUUCCUCUGAUAAAGCUGCCGUCGAAAGCAGUCCAAGCAGCUAAACAAGCCGAAAAAGGUUCCUGA